ACUGAGUUCUGUACAAUUGAUAUCGGUACACUCUGUAGUGAACACUUUUAGUUUCGACUUUUUCCGUGUUCAUAGAGCUUUUCAAUUGUCAUUUCAAUUAUGUCGUUGUCGAAAACGACCAACACUUACAAUCGACAGAAUUGGGAGGAUUCCGACUUUCCAAUUGUCUGCGAAACAUGUUUAGGAGACAGUCCUUAUUUGCGAAUGGCCAAAGAGAAAUAUGGUAAAGAGUGUGAAGUGUGUGCUAGACCAUUUACAGUUUUUCGUUGGUGUCCUGGUGCAAGAAUGCGUUUUAAGAAAACUGAAAUCUGUCAAACUUGUGCACGUCUUAGAAAUGCUUGCCAGACAUGUUUGUUGGAUCUGGAAUAUGGAUUACCUUUACAAGUUCGUGACGCUGCAUUGAAAAUUAAAGAACAAAUUCCUAAGUCUGAUGUUAACAAAGAAUAUUUUGUACAAAAUAUGGAUUCUGAGUUAGCUAAAAUGGACGAAGCUGGUGGUAAAUGUCAAAAUGCUAGUGAUGUGCUAGCUAAAAUGGCUCGUAAAGCUCCUUAUUAUGAACGUAACAGACCUCACAUUUGCUCUUUCUGGGUAAAAGGUGAAUGUAGACGAGGUGAAGAAUGUCCAUAUCGGCACGAAAGGCCUACGGAUCCAGAAGAUCCACUAUCAAAUCAGAAUUUCAAAGAUAGGUAUUAUGGUGUGAAUGAUCCUGUGGCUGAGAAAAUGAUGAACAGAGCUAGUGAAAUGCCAAAACUUGAGAAGCCUGAGGACCAGACAAUCACUACCCUUUAUGUGGGCAACUUGAACGAUAUAACUACUGAGAAAGAUUUAAGGGAUGUAUUUUAUCAGUAUGGAGAAAUACGCAAUAUUACUCAUGUAGCUCAUCAAAACUGUGCAUUCAUCCAGUAUACAACCAGAGCUGCAGCAGAAAUAGCUGCCGAGAGUACUUACGGACGGUUAACAUUAGGUGGACAAAAGUUGAAUGUACGAUGGGGUCAUGCUCAAGCACGUAAAGAUAAGGAAACAACUAGUUUAGCUGCAAUGAAAGAGAUUAAAAUGAAACCUACACCAGGAUUGCCAGCUCCAUUACCUCCAUUACCAACUGAAUUACAAAAUAAUUUUUUCAACAUAGCUCCACAAUCCGUGCCCGUUGUUGCUACACCUUACAUACCAGUUAUGCCAACAAUCCCUCAUCCAAGUAUGCCGUACAUUUCAACACCUCUUUAUCCACCUGGUACAAGCAAAUAGAAUAUGCAGAUGCAUUUCAUUUUGCAGUUUUCCACUGAUUUUUUAAACGUAAUGUACUGUUUAGUAAAUAAAGAAUUUCAGUUAUUACAUAAGUA